CACUAGUUACAAAAAUUCCCUUGGCGUGACGUCGUAUAUUGUACACGUCAAUACUGCGUAGUUUAAUUGUGAAUUUUCGUUCUUCUGGUUCUUUUGCGUGAAGAUCUAAGUUCUUUUAAGUCUUAAUAUAUAUAAUACGUUAAAACAACUCACCAAAAUGCUGUACCUUGAAGAUUACUUAGAAAUGAUUGAACAUCUCCCUCAAGAACUGAGAGAUAGGUUUACUGAAAUGCGAGAAAUGGAUUUAUCAGUUCAAAAUAACAUGGAUACAUUAGAGAAAAGAGUGCGUACUCUGUUUGGUGGAUGUAGACGUGGAGAUAUAAAUACUGAACAGGCAAACACAGAAUUUACAGACAUCAAGCGAGGCUACAAUAAAACUCUUGAAGAAGCUGAUGAAAAGAUGGCACUGGCUAAUCAGAUGUAUGACUUAGUUGACAGAUAUUUGCGAAGAUUGGACACGGAGCUGCAUAAGUUUAAAUGUGAACUAGAAGCAGAUAAUAAGGGAAUAACUGAACUUCUUGAGAAGCGCUCACUAGAUUUAGAUGUAAACACCAAUCACACCAGCACAUCAAACAACAAUCAUUACAAGGAUAACAGGUACAGAAUCCGAGCUGAAAAGCGUCGUGAUAGCUGGGGGAACCGUGAGUCCCGCGGUCAUUCCUCUGGGAAUCUAUCUAGAAUGGACUCUGCCAUACAGGCUGCUUUGGGACGCGAAUCCUAUUCUCUCGGACAUGCUGGUAGUGCUAUAGCUGCUGCAGCCAGUCAAGCUAUAGCAGCCACGCAACAGAUGCAAUAUGGCCGCCGUACAGCCUCCCUGAAGGCGUCAUAUGAAGCUGUUGCUGGAGGAGAGCUGGCUCACCAUGCUGCGCUGCAGACUCAUCACACACACCAUGAUCAUGGUCAUGGUAUGUCUUCAAGCCACACUCCGAGUAACAGUGUUCAUGGCCAUCACACUACCUCUCAUGGUCAUAAUAAUUCGGCUUCUUCAACCAAAAGGAACAAACAAAAGAAAAGCAACAGCUACAGCUCUUCCAGUGUGGGUGCCCACACAAGCACGCAAGCUGUCGCAUCGGCUGCUAGCCGUUCAUCUUCGCCUACUGUUGUGGCCAUGAACACUGUCGUCAACAACGUUGCUAUAGAAGAACCAAUGGAAGAGGAAUGGACUUAUGACCCCAAUGAACCUCGUUAUUGUAUCUGCAACCAGGUGUCUUAUGGAGACAUGGUUGCUUGCGAUAAUCAGGACUGUCCGUACGAGUGGUUCCACUACCCGUGCGUCGGCAUCACUGCCCCACCGAAAGGCAAAUGGUACUGCCCUCAGUGCCAAACCAACAUGCGUCGCAACCGCGCCCACCGAAAGAACUGAACUAUCUGCGACGAUGUUAUUGCUUAAUCUCACUGUAGUAAUUAUCGUUUAUAUGCCAUUAAUCAUCAUCCUACCUAUGUAUCUUAUUCAAUAAAUAAUUCCAUGUGCA